GCCCGCGGCGCCUGCGCAGAAGGCUCUAAGCGCUGGGAAGCAGGAGGCACUUGCAAUCGUCCGCAGGAUUGGGACUGCUACGGAGGCCGCCACGGAGCCCGCCGGAGCCACCGUUCCUACUGCCGCCGCUGCCCGAAUCGGAACCAUCGGGCCGCAGCAGCCGGCAAUGCCGCGAAGGAAGAGGAAUGCAGGCAGUAGUUCAGAUGGAACGGAAGAUUCCGAUUUUUCUACAGAUCUUGAGCACACAGACAGUUCAGAAAGUGAUGGCACAUCCCGGAGAUCUGCCCGAGUCACCCGAUCCUCAGCCCGACUGAGCCAGAGUUCCCAAGAUUCCAGCCCUGUUCGAAAUUUGCAGUCCUUUGGCACUGAGGAGCCCGCCUACUCUACCAGGAGAGUGACCCGUAGUCAGCAGCAGCCCACCCCCGUGACUCCGAAAAAAUACCCCCUUCGGCAGACUCGUUCAUCGGGCUCAGAAAAUGAGCAGGUCGUCGACUUUUCAGAUAGAGAAACUAAAAAUACAGCUGAUCAUGAUGAGUCUCCACCUCGAACUCCAACUGGAAAUGCACCUUCUUCUGAGUCUGACAUAGAUAUCUCCAGCCCCAAUGUCUCUCACGAUGAGAGCAUUGCCAAGGACAUGUCCCUGAAGGACUCAGGCAGUGACCUCUCCCAUCGUCCCAAGCGCCGUCGCUUCCAUGAAAGCUACAAUUUCAAUAUGAAGUGCCCUACUCCAGGCUGUAACUCUCUAGGACACCUCACAGGAAAACACGAGAGACACUUUUCCAUCUCAGGAUGCCCACUCUACCAUAACCUCUCAGCUGACGAGUGCAAGGUGAGAGCACAGAGCCGGGAUAAGCAGAUAGAAGAAAGGAUGCUGUCCCACAGGCAAGAUGACAACAACAGGCAUGCCACCAGGCACCAGGCACCAUCAGAGAGGCAGUUGCGAUAUAAGGAGAAGGUGGCUGAACUCAGGAAGAAGAGGAAUUCCGGACUGAGCAAAGAGCAGAAGGACAAAUACAUGGAACACAGGCAGACCUAUGGGAACACUCGGGAACCGCUCUUGGAAAACUUGACGAGCGAGUAUGACUUGGAUCUUUUCCGAAGAGCACAAGCCCGGGCUUCAGAGGAUUUGGAGAAGUUAAGGCUUCAAGGUCAAAUAACGGAGGGGAGCAACAUGAUCAAAACCAUUGCAUUUGGGCGCUAUGAGCUCGAUACCUGGUACCAUUCUCCCUAUCCUGAGGAGUACGCACGACUAGGUCGUCUCUACAUGUGUGAAUUCUGUCUGAAAUACAUGAAGAGCCAGACAAUACUCCGCCGACACAUGGCAAAGUGCGUGUGGAAGCACCCGCCUGGAGACGAGAUCUAUCGCAAAGGCUCAAUCUCCGUGUUUGAGGUGGAUGGCAAGAAAAACAAGAUCUACUGCCAAAACCUGUGCCUGUUGGCCAAGCUUUUUCUGGACCAUAAGACAUUAUAUUAUGAUGUGGAGCCUUUCCUGUUCUAUGUCAUGACAGAAGCGGACAACACUGGCUGUCACCUGAUUGGGUAUUUUUCCAAGGAAAAGAAUUCAUUCCUCAACUACAAUGUCUCCUGUAUCCUUACCAUGCCACAGUACAUGAGACAGGGCUAUGGCAAGAUGCUGAUUGAUUUCAGCUAUUUGCUUUCCAAAGUGGAAGAGAAAGUUGGUUCUCCAGAACGUCCACUCUCGGAUCUGGGGCUCAUAAGCUACCGCAGUUACUGGAAGGAAGUUCUUCUCCGUUACCUGCAUAAUUUCCAAGGCAAAGAAAUUUCUAUUAAAGAAAUUAGCCAGGAGACAGCUGUGAAUCCUGUGGACAUUGUUAGCACUCUGCAAGCCCUUCAGAUGCUCAAGUAUUGGAAAGGAAAACACCUAGUUUUAAAGAGACAGGACCUGAUAGAUGAGUGGAUAGCCAAAGAGGCCAAGAGAUCCAACUCCAAUAAAACCAUGGAUCCCAGCUGUUUAAAAUGGACCCCUCCGAAGGGCACUUAAAGUGACUCGGUACUCUGAGCCAGCGAACCCCAGCAGUAGGAAUCUGUACCCUAGGGAUCUGUCUGUCAUUUCUGUUGCUCUCGUGAUUGGCAAGUACAGUAUCCUCUGGGAAGGCCCCCCCCCACCCCUCAGGACUGUCCUUGCUCCGACCUCCGUGCACACUGCAGACGCUGGUUCUGAGGAACUGCUGUUUCGGCCUCAGUGAGGUUGCCCCGACGGGAUCUCUGUUAGACUUGCGUGCAGGUCCCGCGUAGCACUGACCCAAGGUGUUCUGUUUUGGUACUGUACCUGUCCAGUCACUGGUUCUCUCCUCAUGUUCUUUAGCCCCAUGAGGUUGUAUUGUGUCUUUUAAACUUGGUAAUAGUGCUUCUUGCUGCCUGGUCUCACCAGACCUCCCAGUUACGGUUACCAGGAUCUUCCUAGUUAUUCCUUACACCUGUGUUUCGGAGGGGCAGGAAGCCGAGUGUAUGUACUGAGAGGCUCCGUACCCUUGGGAUUUCAUCUCACUUGGAGUUUUUUUCCCCCCAUUUUUGUUAAAAGACCUGCUUUGAUUGAUAUCAGGCUGACCAGAGCCAAAUAUUUUUGAAGAUUCUUGCAGAGAUGAGUUGGGUAACAGCACAUAAUCUGAAGGGGAUGAAGAGAGGAAUUCAUUGGUGUUGAUUCUGUAUUUGGAUUUGAGUUCAUCUGUGGGCAGUGGGCAGUGCCUUGGUAGAAGCAAUUGAAUACUUUUUGCCUCGCCAGAAAGUAUCCAGUGGUAAAUGUUUUUUCUUUACUCCCUGCCCCUUUUUACAUUUGCAGGUGCCAAAAUAAAUUCCGCCUCUCCCUUUCAUGCUGCAUGUUAACUGAUUAAUUAUACCACAAAACUUUGUCACCUGUAUCAGUCUGACAUUGCACACCGUCCUUCCACAUAAAUUGCAUUGAUUUUUUUUUUUUUUGUCUGAACAUCCUUGGAGACGUAAAACAAGAUUGAAAAUGACAUCCGUAUCCCAGCCCAUGACUCAGCAAAGCAGAACGGCCUCCCUGCCAAGGUUCGCUUCCCUGUGAAACCGUGCCCCGUCCCCGCUGGUCACGGACAAAAUGCUUAUGUCCUUCCACCAGCUCCGCCUUCGUUUCCGCUCUGGGUUUUGCCACACCAUCCUCCUCUUCUCUGGUCUCCUCUAUUUUGGGUGGUGUUCAUGUGAAGGAAAAAGUCCUCCCUCUAAUUUCUCUCCAGCCCUUUAUAACCUGCUAUCUUGGGGCAGCUUUUGAUGUUGGACAUGUCACCCUUCGCAGCCUGGUCUCCUCCAGCACUGCUGUCUUCGCGUGGAGCCCUCGCCACAGCCCCAGCUCUGGUCGUUUGUGCCUUCCUCUGUCAUCUCUGUACACUACUUAGACUCACUGUGGGUGGGGGAGCUCAUUUUAAGCAUGUUCAGUGACAGCUCCCUGCCCAUCUCAGUGUCACUGUUAAACUGUAUCCAAAAGCAAUUUCCUGGUGGGGGGCGGGGGGUUUCUUAAGGGCUCCAGGCCUUUGACAGAAGCUAGUCCUCCACAUGUGCUGGAAUGUGCUGUUCUAUAUUACUCUUCAAUAAAGCAUGUUCUCUGCUCA